CCUCUCUUGUAACAUUCUGGCACUACCCCACCACAGCUGAACAUGUCACUAUUGAAUCUGUCCCACCCCAUGUGGUCGAAGGAGAAAAUGUCCUUCUUCUCGUCCAGAAUCUGCCAGAGAAUCUUGCAACCUUGGUCUGGUCCAAAGGGGUAAAAAUAUCAAACAAUGUAAUUGGAUUAUAUGACCUGAACAAAGAUGUAAGUGCUCCAGGGCCUCCACACAGUGGUAGAGAGACAGUGUACAGUAAUGGAUCCCUGCUGCUCCAGAAUGUCACCAGGAAUGACACUGGAUUCUACACCAUACGAACGGUGACCACAGAUCUGCAAGUUGGAUUAGCACAUGUACAACUCCUGGUAGAGACAUCCCUUUCUGUGUACUGUAACUCUGACCAACUCACGAUAGAGCCAGUACCACAGAAUGUGGUUAAAGGGGACAGCGUUCUUCUCCUUGUUCACAAUCUGCCAGAAGAUCUGCGAGACUUUACCUGGUACAAAUCAGUGCAUAGCACCCAGAGUUCUAAAAUUGCAGAAUACAACACAGCCAUGAAUUACAUCACCCAUGGGCCUGCCUAGAGCAAAAGAGCAGUGGUGUAUGCCAAUGGAUCCCUUCUGCUCCAGGAUGUCAUGGAGAGAGAUGCAGGAUUCUACACACUACAAACUUUAAACAGAGAUUACAAAACUGACAAAGCACAUGUCCAACUCCAUGUGUACAACUGCAGGCUUCCACCCAUUACAGCCCAGUACUCUAUUGAGACAAUGCCACCCAAUGUUGUUGAAGGGGAAAGUGCUCUCCUACUGCCUCGUAAUAUCCCAAAGAACCUUCGAGCCUUUUCCUGGUACAAAGGAGUAAUCAUUGUCAGCAGACAUGAAAUUGCAUGGAAGGAAAUAAUUACUAAGAAAACUUUGCUGGGGCCUGCACACAGCGGUAGAGAGAUUGUGUACUUCAAUGGAACCCUGAUGCCAAACACCACCAAGAAUGACACUGGAUACUACACCCUAAUAACCUUAAAUGCACAGUUAGAAACUCAAGAAACUCAUGUGUACCUCCACAUAUACAAGCCUGUGACACAGCCCAUUAUUAGAGUCACCAGCACCACAGUUACAGCACAGAGCUCUGUGGUCGUCACCUGUCUCCCUGGUGAUACUGGAGUCUCCAUCCGUUGGAUCUUCAAUAACCGAAGUCUGCAGCUCACAGAGAGGAUGACAUUGUCCCCGACAAAGUGCCAACUCAGCAUAGAUCCUGUCAGAAUUGAAGAUGCUGGAGAUUAUCAGUGUGAGGUGUUCAACCCAGGCAGCUCAAAGACCAGUCUCCCAGUUAGCCUGGUUGUGAGGAAUGCCUGA